AUGUAUAAAAAUAUUGAUAAAAAAUUCAUUGGUUGGAAUAAUUUGAAAACAGCACCCAGAGGAAAUGUUCGAGAAUUUGUCGAAAAACAUAAUGGACAUACAGUUAUCACAAAGAUUCUAAUAGCAAAUAAUGGUAUCGCUGCUGUAAAAGAAAUUCGUUCCGUUAGAAAAUGGGCUUAUGAGACAUUUGGAGAUGAACGUUCUAUCGAAUUCACUGUUAUGGCCACACCUGAAGAUUUGAAAAUAAAUGCUGAAUAUAUUCGCAUGGCUGAUCAAUAUAUAGAAGUUCCUGGAGGUUCUAAUAACAAUAAUUAUGCAAAUGUACCUUUGAUUGUUGAUAUAGCGGAGCGAACAGGUGUUCAUGCUGUAUGGGCUGGAUGGGGACAUGCGUCAGAAAAUCCUCGUUUACCUGAAGCACUUGCACAAUGUAAAAAUAGGAUCGUAUUUAUAGGUCCUCCUGGUUCUGCUAUGCGUUCUAUUGGGUCAUCUUGCAAUCUCAAUGCACUGUUCAUGAUGUUAUUGGCAACAGUACCU